AACAGAAUAAAAACAGCAACACCAGACACAGAGGGGGGAAAAAGCAAAGUGAUCUAUUGAACCGUAGUCUUUGCCUUCUCUUAAUUACGCCGAGUCUCAUAUCUUUUUCUCCUUUUUCACCUUUUUUCCCUACUCUUUAAGACUUCGGGCUUGUGGUAAUUAGUUAGAAGAGAAUAAAACCAGCUGAUCGGGAGAGGGGUGGUGCAUUUUCCAGCGAGAUGGCUAACAGAAACAUUCUGUUGGUCCUCUUUGGACUCUUCCUCUUAGCACUGAUUCAGCCCUCUCUUCAAGGAGGUGUGUAUGUACCACCUGGUGCUGGGAUCGGACCAGGAGGCGCCGGACCAGGAACUGGAUUCUUUCCAGGGUCUGCUGGAGGAGUGCCUGUGGGCUAUAAACCAGCUAAAGCUGCAGUAGGAGGUUAUGGAGGUGGAGGCCGCGGUGUGGGGCAAGGUGGUCUGGUGCCAGGAGGUGUCGGGCAUGGUGGUCUGGUGCCAGGAGGUGUCGGGUAUGGUGGUCUGGUGCCAGGAAGUGUCGGGCAUGGUGGUCUGGUGCCAGGAGGUGUCGGGCAUGGUGGUCUGGUGCCAGGAGGUGUCGGGCAUGGUGGUCUGGUGCCAGGGGGUGUCGGGUAUGGUGGUCUGGUGCCAGGAGGUGUCGGGUAUGGUGGUCUGGUGCCAGGAGGUGUCGGGAAUGGUGGUCUGGUGCCAGGAGGUGUCGGGUAUGGUGGUCUGGUGCCAGGAGGUGUCGGGUAUGGUGGUCUGGUGCCAGGAGGUGUCGGGUAUGGUGGUCUGGUGCCAGGAGGUGUUGGGCACCAUGGCUUGGGUGCUGGAGGACUGGGUGCAGGACAAGGUGGAAAGCCCCCGAAACCAGGUUAUGGCAAUCCUGGAGCCGGUGGUGUAGGAGCCGGUGGUGUAGGAGCUGGUGGUCGUGGAGCUGGAGGCUAUGGAGGAGGUGGUUAUGGUGGUUAUGGUGGAUAUGGUGGAUAUGGUGGAUAUGGUGGCGGCACAGGGGGCUUUUUCCCAGGAGCUGGACAGAAGGCUGCUAAAAGAGGGACUGGAGGCACUGUGCUUGGGACGGGAGCAGGUCCUGGAGGCGCUGGAACUGGAGCCGCAGUGCCCGCUGGAGUGCCUGUUAUUCCUCAGACAGGCCUCCCGGGAGGUGGUGUUGGUGCUGGAAAGAAAGCUGCCAAAGUGCCAGGUGUGGGCGUGCCUGGACUUUACCAAGGUGGACUGGUGCCAGGACAAGGGUUUGGUGGACGCGGAGUUCUGCCUGGGGUUGCCACAGGAACUGACCUAAAUUCCAAGUCAAUUGGAGGGGGAGGACAAGGGGGUCAAGGACCAGGAAGCCGCGGGUACGGUGGGCCGAUGCAGCCCGGUGUGUUCCAUGGAUACCCCCUCAAAUCACCCAAAUUACAAGGUGGCUACGGAGCAAAACCUGGAGGUGGCAAACUGCCUUUUGGUUACGGCUUUGGAAAUGUUGGCGCUGGACUUCCGGGAGGAAUAGGUGGCCCCGAGUCAAGGCCUGGAUAUCCUGUUGGAACUGGAGUGGGACCCGGGGGCAUCUCACCCGCUCAGGCUAAAGCUGCCAAAUAUGGAGGUGUUGGAGGUGUUGGAGGUGUUGCCGGCACUGGUGGUCUGUAUCCAGGGCAGUUGCCAGGAGGUUUGGGUGCUGUUGGAGGUGUUGGAGGUGUUGGAGGUGUUGCCGGCACUGGUGGUCUGUAUCCAGGGCAGUUGCCAGGAGCUGGAUAUGGAGCUGGGUCCAAGGCUGCUAAAUAUGGAGUACCUGGAGGAGUACCAGGAGGAGUACCUGGAGGAGUACCAGGAGGAGUACCUGGAGGAGUACCAGGAGGGGUACCUGGGGGGGUACCAGGAGGAGUACCGGGAGGUGCACCAGUGUUUGGUGGAUAUUCACCAGCAGCCAAAGCCGCUAAAUAUGGAGUAGGGGGAGUUGGAGGAACAGGAGGCCUGGGAAGCACAGGAGGAUUUGGAGGAACAGGUGGACUUGGAAGCACAGGAGGAUUUGGAGGAACAGGUGGACUUGGAAGCACAGGAGGAUUUGGAGGAACGGGUGGACUUGGAGGCACAGGAGGAUUUGGAGGAACAGGAGGAUACUCAGCUGCUGCCAAAGCUGCUAAAUAUGGAGCAGGGGGACUAGGCGGCGCAGGGCGACUAGGAGGAACAGGAGGACUGGGAGCAGCAGGAGGACUAGGAGCAGCAGGGCGACUAGGAGGAACAGGAGGACUAGGAGGAACAGGAGGACUGGGAGGUGGAGGAUACUCUGCUGCUGCCAAAGCAGCUAAAUAUGGUCCAGGUGGUGCAGGGGUAGUUCCAAGUGGUGGUGCAGGUGGAGGAGUUCCUGGAAGAUUCCCCUUUUUACCAGGAUAUGGAUCUUUGGCGGCUGGUGCUAAACCUCCUACAUACGGAGUCCCAGGAGCAGGCCUAGGAGGAGGCGGAGUUCCAGGGGGAGCAGGGCAAGUACUUCCUGGUGGUGGCGGCUAUGGUGGAGUUUUGGGAGGAGUUGGAGCAGGGUUAGGGACAGGAGGACUGGGGGGGGCAGGAGGAGUACCAGGACUAGGAGGCGGACAAUACUCUGCUGCCGCAAAAGCUGCUGAAUACGGAGUUGCAGGAGGAGCUGGAGCAGGAUUUGGAACAGGAGGCCUGGGAGGGACAGGAGGAGCAGGAGUAGGUCCUGGAUUUGUACCAGGACAAGGUGGACAAUACUCUGCUGCCGCAAAAGCUGCUAAAUACGGAAUUUCAGGAGGAGCUGGAGCAGGGUUAGGAACUGGAGGAGCAGGAGUACGUCCUGGUUUUGUACCAGGACAAGGUGGACAAUAUGGACAAUAUUCUGCUGCCGCAAAAGCUGCUAAAUACGGUGUUGCAGGAGGAGCUGGAGCAGGGUUUGGAACAGGAGGCCUGGGAGGGACAGGAGGAGUUGCACCGGGAGGAGUUGGGGCUGGAGGAUAUCCAGGCGGUGUGAAACCACCAAAAUAUGGAGGCGUCACUGGAGAAGGAAUUGCAGUGCCAGGAGCUACUCCAGGUACAGUUGUCAGUGGUGGCCCAGAUGGUUCUGCUGUCUUGUCGCCAGCGAAGGACGCAGGGCCUGCUGGAACUCCUAGACCAGAGCCCACGCCUAUAGCCGCAACUGGCAAGACGCCAGAGGUCCCACGGCCCACUGGUGGAGUUAUUCAGCCUAGUGCUGGCACAAGUGUUGGUGGAGCAGGUGUUGCAGCUCCCUCUGGUGUUAGUCCGUCAGGCCAUGGUCAGCCUGUUGUAACUGGAGUCCAACAACCUGGAGGUGUUGGUGUCGGCACAGGUGGCAAAGCACCUAAACCAUUCUUACCAGGUACAGGAGCAGGUGUUGGGCAAGCCGGAGGUGGAUAUCCCUACGGUGGAACCUAUGGAGUUGCGGGUGGAGCAGGAGCAGGAGCAGGAAUCCCACUGGCAGCCGGUGGUUAUCAAGGGGGAUACAGGCCAUAUCAUCAUGGUUAUGGCCAGGGUGGGUUGACUUAUCCUUCUGUAGUUGGACUGGGAGGUGCUGGUGCUGGUGCUGGAGCUAAACCACCCAAACCAGGCUACGGCAAUGGUGGCGGUGGAGGUGGCGGUGGCGGUGUUUAUCAGCCAGGUUGGGCUCCUGUGGCUCCUGGUUAUGGAGGAGGUUACCCCCAGCAGUACUACCAAGCCGGAGGAAGUUUGCCCGUCUGUGCGGGAUGCAAACAGAGGAUCUACGAUGAGGAGUACCUCCAGGCACUCAGCAACGACUGGCACACCGUCUGCUUCAGGUCUGUUCAACACUAA